CCUUAUCUCCCUUCAGUCGCAAGUGGUGUGGGCGGUUGUCUGCUGUCUGCCCCAGCUGACAGUGAUAUUGUAAACAAAAACAACCCAAGCGAAACCGUUUUUGCUUUCAUAAAUGGCUCAUUUGCAGUAUGUUGACGAGUUGGUGCGAGAGUAUUUACUUUUUCGAGGAUUCAGCACUACCCUGAAAACUUUCGACACUGAACUGAAAGCUGAUAAAGAUAAAGGUUUCAGAGUUGACAAACUUGUGGACCAGUUGACGCAACACAUCUAUAGCUAUGAUCUUGUAGCACUUCGAGAAUUGUGGGCUCAUCUUGAUCACAAAAUUUUUACUCGUCUCGAGCAGGAGUUCACCCCUGCUGUGCGGAAGCUAGAGAAUGCAGUGCUCAAAUUGUACGUUGUCAAUGCUGUUGUUAAUGGAAAGGCUGACAAAUUAAAUGAGUUUUUCUCCCGACUUGCUCCCGAAUUACAAGGGCAAGGAGAAUGGAAGGAUUGGUUUUUGAUCCCAUUUUUGAAAAAUCCAGAAGAAAGCCCUACUUUUGCUGUUCAUUUCACAAGACAGUGGCAAGACACCCUUCUCGUGUCAUUACAUAAUUUCCUAGCCACAAUAUUUCAGGUCAUGCCACUCCCAACAUUAGCUAGUUUAGAACAAGAUGCGGCUCGAGUCAAGCGCCUGCAAGAAGAAAAUGAGUCGCUGCGUCACAAAUUGGCAGCUCUCAUGGAAUUACCAAAUGCUUCAACUGUAUUAUCUGCUCUCAACAAUUCUGGAUCUCAAAACGCUGGUCCUUCUGGUGCAUCAAUAGGGAUCUCAAGUGGUUCCGCCCCGCAGGGUCUAUCAGUACAGGACAUCUUACCUCCGGAAGUACCCCAACCUCCAGAUCUGAUGGAUGACUUUUAUGUUAUUGCACCUGAAGGAGUAGGUUCUCAACCCUCAUCAUCAGACAGUCAAGUCAAAACUUUGAAAAGUUUGAUCAGGAACAUAGGGGGCCUUCCCAGUAGUCCUAUAAUGGGCCGUAAACCAACACCAGCUGUAUCCCAGUCCACCCUUCUCUCACUCUCCAGCAGUGGAAAAUCAAAAAUUGUAUCAUCAUCCUCGAUUGAGUCACAACAUAAGAGAUCAAAUAGUAAGCAAAGGAUUGGUCCAGGAAGAAACUCUCCUAAUGUUAGUGACAGAAUGGAUGCCUCGUCCGCAUCUGCACGACCAUCUUUAAAUAUUCAUGUAGCCUCUGCUAAUAGUAGAAGUUUGACAACCACUGCUGCUCCACCCCAGAGAGGCAGGGCACGAGAAAUGCCCACAGACUGUACCAAGGCUGAAGGGGUCAAAUUUGAAGCUCACAAGGGGGAAGGAAAUAUUAUAGCAAGACAACCAGCCACGCCACCUGCUGGGGCAUUUUUGAUACUCAGCCAGGAGCACUACAUGGAACAUAAAGCUGCAACCAGCCACUGUAAUUUCAAUACAUCAGGCACUAUGGUAGCAAGUGCAGAUGUUGAGGGUGUUAUCAAGGUCUGGGAUGCAGCUCAGACACUAAAGACUGUAGCUUCAUUCAACACAAAAUCCCGUUUGGUGGCUUUGGACUGGAUAUCAAAAAAUGAACGCUACUUCAUGUCAGCAAAUUGCAAUGGAAUAGUAAGACUUUUAGAUACGCAGGAUAGUCGCGUUCUGUGGGAAAUGAAUGGUGAUAGUAACAGCAACUUAAAGGGUUUGAGACUACAAAACCUUUCAUGUAGCCCUAUUGAGCCUGUUUUCUUGUGUUCAGCUGCCCCACCACAGGGUCAGGGGCGUUUGCUAUUGUUUGAUAUUAAGACUAAACAGUUACAGAGGUCACUGAACUUAAAUGGUAGUCAAAAUCUUAUAGCCAAUUGUUUUGCAUUCAACCACAAUGGGCAAUUGGUGGCAGUGGGUUGCUCUGAUGGUAGUGUGCAAGUAUUUGACAUUAGGAGAGGCUCAUUUAUUGAUAGCUGGCCUGCCCACUCUGGACCUGCUCUUGCCCUCCAGCUUACUCCGGAUGACACUGCUUGUUACACUGCAGGAGCUGAUAAUAAGCUUUGUGGAAAAAGUAUGACUCAAAGUGGACAAGUUCUUUGUGAGUCAUUGAUUCCAGAUUUAGCAUCAUUGGUACAGCUACCAAAUAAUGCAUCUCUUCAGCCUUCACAACUCUUUGCAUUCCAUCAAUCUGGGACACAUGUUUUAGUGAGAUGUGCUGGUGGCUCUGUUGUAUGUCAGGUGGGCUCUCAAAUGGAGCGUGUACUUGAACUCUCCUCCCCACGUAGUACUACAGUGGCUAUCGACUGGGCAAGUGCCAACCAGUGCAGUACCUGCCUGAAUGCCCAUGCCAAUGGAAACAUUACUGUUUCAACUCUUCUUACUCCUUAAUUCCAGACUAUGAGUACCUGAAUUGAAGUGUAGUUAUUUUGGAUUUUGGGGGUGACCUAUCUCAUUUUAAUGUUUUUGUUCACAUAUUGAUAUUUAGAAUUAACUUUUUAGAAAUGAGGCUUUAUUUUGUGGGUUUAGGAGCACUGCGACAGGUUAUGGUAAGUUGUCAUUUUUUGAAGAAUAUUUAAGUAUCUAUUACAUACUCUUUUAUUUGGUCUUCUAAUCAAUUUUACACAUUUUACUUGAAAUGUAAGUCAGACCUCAAAUUUAUCAAAUGAAGUUAUGAAAUUGUAGAGCACCCAUUUUUGUGUUUCCUUUCAUAUUUAUUACAUUAUUUCUAGUACUUUAUAUUUAACUGUGUACUUAUAUAAUCUAAAGCUUAAAAAUAUGCAUGCAAUGAGUCCUAUUUUAAUGAAGUAUUUUAUUCAAUAGAUACAUAAUGUGCACUGUGUCUGGUGAAACCUAAAGAGCAACCUCUCUAACUGCAUAAUCAUUAGAAAAAUAUUGGAAGUUGAUAAAGUUGUUGUUAUAUAUUAGGGACCAAUAUAUUCUGUGUAUUCCAAAGAUCAAACUUAGUUGAUGUGAUGUGUUCAUCACUAAGGCUAAAAAUAUUACAAAUGUGAUACAAAUGUGAUAAAAACAUUUAAAAGUUGUUGUAUUCCAUGUCCAUCUACAAUUAUAAAAUGAAAUUUAGUUUUCAG